AUGCGGCCGCAAGGGCGGAAGCUCGCGCUCAUUCUCGAAUGGCAGCCAAGGCGAUCAGACCUAGGAGCGGACUUCAACCCGGAGUGGUACAGCGGGACGAGCGUCGGCACGCCGGAUCCAAGGACGCCCACAGAGCGGCCCAGCAGCGCCCAACAAGCGCCCAGUGAGCGGCGUCAGUGCACCACCAGCGGCACCCACCCAGCGCUCCCACCAGGAGCACGCACAGCGCGGCCACCGCGCCCUCAGCAGCGUCACCCGCGCCGCCAGCCGCGUUAUCAGCAGCGCAGACCCAGCAGCGUCCCGCGCCGUGCAGUGCCACCCACGUGGCCAUCAGGUGCCCACAGAGCACCACCAGCAGCGCCAACAACAGCGCCGGACACGUGGUCACCAGCCACACAACGAGCGUCACCAGGAGCACGCAACGAGCGGCCCCGCGCCCUCAGCAGCGUUCAGCGCCCAUCGGGCGGCGUCUUUUGCACCAUCAGCAGCACCCACCGAGCGCCACCAGCAGCGCCCACAGCAGCGCCCAUAGCAGCGCCCAUCAGCAGCGCCCAGCCGCGCCCUCAGCAGCGCCAACCGCGCCGGAUACGUGGUCACCCGCCACGCUACGAGCGCCACCAGGAGCGCCCAACGAUCAGCACCGCCGCUCACCAGCCGCACUCACCGAGCGCCAACGGGAGCGCCAGCCGCAACCACAUCGGUCAGCCAGUGCCGCACGGCAGCAGCACCUGCCGUGCGCCCAGCGCCCAGUCACGCCACUAG